CUUUAAAUAUUCAGGCAUCACUUGGGGACGCGUAGGCUUUCUUUUCGCUUCUUUUCCUAUUCAGUCUCUUUUCACGAUCGUCGAGCAGAAAUCGAAGCAUUGCCUGACCGUCAUACGAAAGCAGUGACGAAAGCAUCCGCGAACUUCAUCCAUCUCCUUCCUAUUCUUCUUCUGAUUCACCCAUUACUGUUUCCCAUUCAACUAUAAAAAUCCCCCCACAAAUCCCCAAGAAAGUCUUUCCCACUCAACCCAUCCAACCCAUAUCGCUAAGAAAAACCACCUCAAAACAUGGCCCCCUUCACCCACCGCCCCACCACCCUCGCCGACAUCCCCGAGCAACUCACCAUGGGCGAGCGCGCCUUCGUCAACGACCGCAUGGCGCGCAUUGCCUUCCCCCCCUCGCGGCGCGACCCCGCCCGUCCCAACGAAGAGCGCGAAUACCGCGAAGCCCGCUACAUCAAGCGCCUCGCCAACCCCGCGGGCCGCUGGUGGACGUGCGUCGACGAGGGCGCGGGCGGGCGGAUCGCGGGAAGCUCCGGGUGGACGCGGCUAACCAAAGAAACGGAGGCGGAGGAGGCGGAGAAGAAGAAAAAGGAGGAAGAGGAGGAGAAGCUGCCAGCGUGCGCGGAUGCAGUGGUGUUGAAGCGAAUUAUGGAGGCGAUGGAGGCGAUGAAGAAGAAGUGGACGGGCGAGAUGGAGGCGGUGUGGUAUCUUGGGCAUUUAGCUACGGAUCCGGAUUAUCAGCGGCAGGGGAUCGGGAAGGGGCUCCUCAAGUGGGGAUGCGAUGAGGCGGAUAAGGAAGGCAUCUAUGCCUAUCUUGAGAGCACGCCUGCUGGGCGGAAGCUCUAUGAGAGUAUGGGGUUCGAGCACGUGGAUCAGAUUGAGCUCUCGGAUGUGGUGGAGGGUGGGGAGCCCUCUGCUUAUUGGAUCAUGUUGAGGAAACCCAAGGGGAAGGUAGAGGGAAACGCAGAGAGCUAAAGACAUAUAGUAGUCAGCGCGGGUUAAUAUGCGUUUUGGAGGCGGAGAUGAUAUCACUGUGCAUAGCAGAUCAACGAUAGUAUACGAUAAUGGAUUCUCAUUAAACUAGAG